GCAACUUCCGUGGCCCAUUGCAGCGCGCGCGUGCGGUCGGGACGAUUUCAUCUAGUAUAGUACCUAUAUAAUGUACUACUAAUAUGCAGUAAGAGUAGCUGUGUGCUACAUUGCUUGCUUGGUUCUCUUGAAGUUGCAUUUGCACCUGUGUACAACGAUAUGUCAGCGGUGAAAUGACUUGGCCGUGAAUCCGGUGUCUGCUGCUGCUGCUGCUGCUGCUGCUGUGGAUUACUCAGUGAUUUCUACUGGCCUUCUCUAUAGCCGGUGCCUCUACGAUAUAGCAAUAAUGGACGAUGGUAACACUUCGCACUCAAGCGCGUUUGGACAGACGUGGAGCAGCUAACAGUCAGGAAAUAGAAAGGCAACAAGAGUGAGCGAGAUAGAGAGAGGGGGAAGAGAGUGUGAGAGGCAGAGACCCGUGGCUCGUUCAGCUAUUUUAUCGGCAGUCGUGACGCGAACUGGAAAAAGAUACACGUGUACGAGAUAGCGACGGGCAUUUCGUUUCAAGAAUAUUCAUGUAACCUCAAGCUACUGGAGCUAAUGGGACGGUGACAGCAACUGCCACUUAGUAGCAGAACCAGGCGAGCAGUGACUUUUCGCAGUCGUGUGCGGAGCCAGUACGGGAGAACUACUCUCCUACAAAGGUGCGACGAGUACGUAAUGAUGAAGCGAAAUAUGGAAUCGAGUCGUUAUCGGUUGAUCUAGGUAGGAGCAACGACCUGUAAGAGUCCGAGUGAUCAAGGACGCUCAAUAAUAGAAGCAAGAACCUGUAAGAGUCUCGGUGAAAUAAUAUCAUACAAUAAUAACAGGAUAAAUAAGGGACAAAUAAUAGGAGCAAGGACCUACGCAAGUUUAAGUGAGCAAGGUUCCCGUAAGGGUCUGCAAUCGGAGCGAGGAGGUUGCCAGCCAUGGUUGAGCUGUACACUGUGUUAUCUCGGUGGAGAGUGAGAUGGAGAGUUGGCAUCUCCUCAUUCGUCGGUGGCCUAGCAUUCGGCUGCAUGCUUGCCUUCGUCAUCCUGCCACACAGAACAACCCUGGACGUCAGUGAUUCCUGGACAGUGAUUGGCCACAGCGAGACACUGCCAGGAGAGUCAAGUCUCGACGAGCAAAGCCGGGGAAGCCAAGGGGAAAAUACAGAUCAACAUGUUAGGGUUGCCUGCCUUAUUCCAACUACGCCGGCGAACGUUAAAUCAAAGGCAAUACACGUGAAAGCGACUUGGGGCAAGAGGUGUGAUGUGCUGGCCUUCUUCAGUUCAGAGGAGGAUGACCACCUGCCAGCCAUCAAAACAGGAGUGGUAGAGAGCAGAGAACAACUGUGGAAUAAGACGAAGUUCAUGUUCAAGUACGCACACGAGCACUUCCAGCAACGUGCCGACUGGUUCCUCAAGGCGGACGAUGAUACUUAUGUAGUCCUGGAGAACCUGCGACAUCUGCUGUCUGGCUUCCGUACAACGGACCCAGUCUACCUGGGAAGGAGGAUUAAAAACUUCGCCGUAACUGAACAAGGUUACAUGAGCGGCGGCUCCGGCUAUGUACUCAGCAAGGAGGCUCUGAGAAUGAUGAUAGAGGAGGGGAUCGAUAACUACAACGUCUGCCACGAGGAUGGCGGAGCAGAGGACGUGGAGAUGGGGCAGUGCAUGGAGAACCUAGGAGUGGAGGCGGGAGACUCACGGGAUGAACACGGGGAGGAGACAUUCUUCCCGUUCCUCCCCGAACACCACCUCAACAUCCACCAGGUUGGCGACCCGGAUUUCUGGUUCAUUUCCAUGUCCUGGUAUCCACACAAGAAGGGACUGUCGUGCUGCAGCAGCAAGGCCGUGUCGUUCCACUAUGUCACGCGGCCGAUGAUGUACACGCUGGAGUACCUCAUCUAUCACCUGCACCCGCACGGCUAUCACUACAAGUGGUCACCCCAGAAGCAGGACGUCAUGAGCGAACUGCUAGCGAAUUUACCACCGAAACGACAGCGGCGGCGGCGGCGGCGCAAAAAUUCCACCGCGAACUCACCUAGUUAAUGCGAUUGGUGCCUUGGACAUUGAACAGCACCACGAACAGAGGCCGAUGUAACAGUAUUAUAACAUAAAUUAAUAAUAUUGUAUAGUAUAUAAACAGUUUUUUUAUAAAAGAUUUAUCUAGAGGCCUUGCUAGAGACAGCAUAUGAAUCACCGGCGAUUUAAAUGGCAAUUUAUAUGCUCUGCUAGAGAUUAGCUAUACUUCCCAACUCAGGAUUGAUCGGUGAUAACUCAGGAGUAAACCAAUAGUUGGUAGCACUAACGGUGUAAAAUGAUUCGUCUUAUGUCUUAUGUCACAUAAUUACAUGUCAAAUUUAAUUUUGGUAACAUGACUUAAUCUUUAGCCAAAAGGCCCACGGCAAUGUGAUAUAAUAAAUCUAAGAAAUCAUCAAUAACGUCAAUUUUAGUCGUCAAAUAGCCGUCAGUUAACGAUUAACCUAGCGAUAGCUAAUAUUAACGACUUUAUAUAAAAUUUAUAUUGUAUUGCAUUGCAUUGAACUGUAUUGUAUUGUAUUGUAUAG